UGUGUAUAUCUAUGUACCUUUAAGGACCUCAUAGAUACCACAUUUACGCUACUAGAGGCGCAGCAGUAAUCCAACCGCGGCUGUUCGACCGAACAGCAGUUGACUGUACCGCAGACAGUCAUGGCUCUGCUCACCGUCCUCACGCCGGUGCUGCUCCUGAUCCUGUGCAUGGUUAUCGGCUUCAUGCUGGUGAAGCCACGGGAGACAAAGACAGACACGAGACCGUGGGUGGAUGACGAUUUACAGGAUGGAGACGACGUUUUAGAGGAAGACGAGUGUGUGGACUCACAAGGCAGCGAGGAGGACCAUCCACAGGUGCCCUACUCCCUGCAACACUACUCUGAGGAAACGAUGCUGCAGAGAAGCAAGGAUUUCUACAAGAUGCUGAAACAGAGAAGGAGCGUUCGAUUCAUCAGCCCAGAGAUGGUCCCACGAGACGUCAUUGACAAUGUCAUCCGCACUGCAGGUACCGCCCCCAGUGGAGCUCACACACAGCCCUGGACGUUUGUCGUGGUAUCCGACGCAGACUUGAAGCACCAGAUCAGGCUGAUUGUGGAGGACGAGGAGGAGUUGAACUACCGUCAGAGGAUGGGGGAAAAGUGGGUCCAUGAUUUGGCCAAAAUAAAGACAAACUGGGUUAAGGAGUACUUGGAUGUUGCACCGUACCUGAUCCUCAUCUUCAAACAGACAUACGGCAUUUUACCAAAUAACAAGAAAAAGACGCACUACUACAAUGAAAUCAGUGUCUCCAUAUCUUGCGGAAUACUACUGGCUGCGCUGCAGAAUGUGGGUCUUGUGACUGUCACAUCAACUCCCCUCAACUGUGGUCCCCGGCUCAGGCUGCUCCUCAAGAGGCCAGUCAAUGAGAAGCUGCUGAUGCUGCUUCCUGUUGGCUACCCUGCACAAGAUGCCACCGUGCCUGAUUUUGGACGCAAGCCUCUGGAUGAAAUCAGCGUGUACAUGUGACAGACUCAGUCUGUGCAGAGGAAAUAGGAUGAAGUAUAAUGAAAAAAAAAGCUGAAUAAAUUCUUCUUUGUAAUCUUCGGUGGGUCGAGAAGCUAUUGAAAAAAAUUGUAAUCUUUUGAAAUAUGAAUAUUCCCUUGAAAGUUAGGAUGCACUAAAAUCCAUCUAAAAUCAAAGGAUGUGUGUGCUGUUUGUCUAAUGAAGCAAUAGUUUCCACUUUGACUUGGAGUCAGUGAUUCAUAUGAGGAAAAAAAUAUGACUUUUGAACAGCAAUAUCCUAUAAUUCAGUAACAAAAGAUUUGUCGUGUUGGCAUGUAAUGGAUUCAUUUAGUCACAUGAUAGCUCCUUUAAGCAAUUUAUUUUAUAGGCAAGGCAAGUUUAUUUGUAUAGCGCCAUUCUUACACAAGGCAAUUCAUAGUGCUUUACAGAAGCAAGUAAAUACGUUGGAAAUUAAAACAAAAUCAAUUUUUAAAAAAUCAAGUAUAGAAAUAAAACAAUUUAAAGCAUUACAUUUUUUUGUGUUUGCCCUCCCUUAUUUGUCUGGAUGCUUCAUACCAACAAGCAGCUCUAACAUGUAUUUAGGCCCAAGACCAUUCAGUGACUUGUAGACCAGGAUUUUAAACUCGAUCCUUUGACACACAGGGAACCAGUGCAAUGAUAUAUGGUCCAUUUUCUUGCUGUCGGUCAGGACGCUGGCAGCAGCAUUCUGGAUGAGCUGCAGCUGCUUGAUUGAUUUUUUACUGAGACCUGUAAAGACACCAUUACAAUAAUCUAACCAACUAAGAAUAAAUGUAUGAACAAGU